CUGUGAAAACCGAGCUCAGGCUGAGAGUGAGCCAGCGGGGACGGAGGUUCACUGGCUCAGGCCAUGGAACGUUCGGAGUCUGUCUGUGGGGAGGACCCUGAACCCUGAACCAGAGAGGAAGGGGUGCCCAGGACACAGGUGGGGGCUCUGAUGGCACCAACACAAGCCACAGGACGUUUGCUGAUGAGGACUGCGGUGCCAGGCCUCUGCCCACUCCCCAGGUCUGCGUCCCGACCUGCACCCCCGCCUCCCCAGUGACUGGUCCUGGGCGCCAUGGAGUCUGCAGCUUCCCUGCGUGUCUCCCUGCCAGACCCCCUGCUCUUCUUCCCCCUCCUUGGCCUCCAAGGCCUGUCUGCACUGGUCUCAGCCCAGUUCACGGUCGUGGGGCCCGAGGAGCCCAUCCUGGCCCUGGUGGGGGAGCGCGCCGUGCUCCGCUGCCGCCUGUCGCCGGAGAAGAGCGCCGAGGACAUGGAAGUGCGGUGGUGCCGGGGCCGGCUCUCCCCGGCCGUGCUGGUGUACGUGGACGGGCGCGAGCGGCCGGAGGAGCAGAUGGCUCAGUACCGCGGACGGACCACCUUUGUGAGAGAGGACAUCGGCCAGGGGAGGGUGGCCCUCGUCAUUCACAACGUCACAGCCCACGACGACGGCGCCUACCACUGCUACUUCCAGCGAGGCCGGUCCUACGACCAGGCCGCCGUGCGCCUGGUGGUGGCAGGCCUGGGCUCCACGCCCCUCAUCGAGAUUCAGGACCACGAGGAGGGGGGCAUCCGGCUGGAAUGCACGUCGGAAGGCUGGUACCCCGAGCCGCAUGCCGUGUGGAGGGACCCGUACGGCGAGGUCACGCCCGCCCUGGAGGAGGCUUACGCCCAGGACGCUGACGGCCUCUUCAGGGUCACCCUGGCCGUGAUUGUCACGGACAGCUCCGUGAGGAACAUGUCCUGCUCCGUCAACAACACGCUGCUGGGCCAGGAGAAGGACUCUGUGAUCUUCAUUCCAGAACCCUUGAUCCCCAGCUCGUCCCCCUUCCCCUGGAUGGGGGCCCUGGCUGUGGUCCUGCCUGCUCUGCUCCUCUUCAUCAUCAUCCUCAGCAGCAUCUGUCUCGCCAGGAAAGUCCGCAGGAGAAAAGAAGCUCUAGCCCUGGAAAAAGAUCUUAAAAAUAAAGAGAAAGAAAUGGCACAGCAACUUCAAGAAGAAUUGCGAUGGAGAAGAGGCCUCCUGCACGCAGCCGACGUGGUGCUGGACCCGGACACGGCGCACCCGGAGCUGUUCCUGUCGGCGGACCGGCGCAGCGUGCGGCGGGGCCCGGGGCGGCAGCGCCUGCCCGACUCCCCCACCCGGUUCGACUGCCGGCCGUGCGUGCUGGGCGCGCCGCGCCUGGGCCCCGGGCGGCACUGCUGGGAGGUGGACGUGGGGGACGUGCGCGCCUGGUCCGUGGGCGUGUGCGCCGAGGCCGCGGCGCGGCGCGGAGCUGCGCCGCUGGCCCCGCAGCACGGCUUCUGGGCGCUCGAGAGCUUCGAGGGCCGCUGCCGGGCGCUGGCCUCGCCGGAGUGCGUGCUGCCCGUGCGGCAGCGCCUCCGCCGCGUGGCCGUGUUCCUGGACCACGAGGCCGGCGACGUGACCUUCUACGACGCGCGGGACCGCUCGCACCUCUACAGCUGCCCGCGCGCGCCCUUCGCGGGGCCGCUGCGGCCCUUCGUCCGGGUGGCCUCGGACGACGGUGCCCUGGCUGUCUGCCCCGCGUUCACGGGCUCGCGGGGCCUGCCGGUGCCGGAGGGCGGCCUGGUGCUCCACCGGCCGGGGACCCCGCGCAGCCAGGAGGUCCUGGGAGAGUAG